AGCACUUAUGACUCAAUUGAUGGUCAAUGAGAAAACUUUACUACAAACUGAGUGCCUCUCUGUGAAAGUUUUUACUAAGUUUCCUGAGGUGACAUUGCCAGAAUAAUGCCACGAAAUUUAAGUCGUCCAUUUUUAUGAGUUGACCGUAAUGAACACAGUGGAAUUUAAAGUGAAUAAUACAUUUUAAAAAAGAUUUAUAAAUAAUGCCUAUUGUACGUAAUGCGCAGACAAAAGCCUUCUAUGUUAAUUGUGGAGGUGCCCCACGCUAUCACCCCCUCGAACACGCGAAUAUUCGAGCAUGCAGUAUGUGUUCAGCGGGUUUGUUUACGUUGCAAGAUCCACCAAGGGAAAAAUCAUGUGAUAAUUUACUCAAACUUGUCCAGAAACACUAGUCGGAAAAGCACGUAUCUCUAUAAUUCAUAAUGGCAAGUGAUAUUAGGAAUAUUAUCGACUACACAAGAUAUCCAAUUUCUGAGUCUGAGAGUCCCAUUCUCCAAGAAGUCAUCAACCGUGCAAGGAGCGAACUGAAGGACAACGGAAUCACCUUGUUGCGUGGUUUUAUGCUUCCUUCGGCUAUUCGUCAAUCAAUCCUAGACACGGAGGAAGCCUUACCGAUAGCGUUUCGUGGAACAGUUGACCACAGUGUUUAUCUUGAGGAAGGCAAGGAAAAUUCUGUCCUCGAGAAAGAUCACGCGAGGAACAUUUUGUGUCGAUCUUCAAAAUGUUGCGUUGCGCACGACCAAAUCAAGACAAACUCGCCGCUGAAUCAGCUUUAUAUGUCACCGGAGAUGACAGAGUUCGUUAGAAUUCUUCUUCACAGGGACGUGCUCUACCGAACGGCUGAUCCCCUUGGAGCCUUAAAUGUGCACGUCUACAGAGAAAAUGAUCAGUUGGAUUGGCAUUUUGACCGGGGGAAGUUCGCUGUGACACUCCUCCUUCAAGCACCAGCGGGUGGGGGAUGUUUUCAAUACAUUCCAUCAACAAGAUCUGAUGGAAGUGAAAGCCAUGACCUAGUCAGGGAAGUGCUAUUGGCAACUAAGGCUGGACAAGAUCUGACAGCUCUGGGGGUGAAAGAUGCUGACCUGCAGCCAGGAACACUAGUGAUAUUUUGUGGGCAAAACUCAAUGCAUCGUGUUUCCCCAGUUGAGGGCAAAAAGUUCAGAAUCCUUGCUGUUUUAUCCUAUGAGCAGAAAGCUGAUGUUCACUUGAAUGAAUACACACGAAUGAAAUUUUAUGGGCGCUUGAAAUAACUUAAGUCACAUCUGUAAAUGAUAUUUUUAACUUUACUGAUCUUUAGUAUGUGGUUUACCGUUGAACUAAAUUCGAAAAGAUUUUUUGUUUUUUUGUUUUUGUUUUUGUUUUGUUUGUUUGUUUGUUUUUUUUUAAUGUUUCAACGUAUGGACAUUGUUAGUAACUGAUUGUCUGUUUUUUUUUUCAUAAUCCAGGACUUUUUUCAACACCCAAUUGAAAAUUGUUCUGAGGACCAGUUUUAAUACAGGUGUGUAUAAAAGUAGCAAUUCCGCGCCAUCGUUCACCAGGGAAAUUACAAUUUCUCUUAAAAUUGUAGAACGGAAGAGGAUUUUAUAGUUGCUAGGGAUGCUUUAGUAAAACUGGUUUUUUCAUAAGUAUCAGGCAUCAUGGAUAACACAGUGGCAGCUUGCAGACAGACCCUCAAAAUAAAAAUAUAGGAUUAAUGGAGGACAAAAAGAAUGACAAGAUGGGCGAAAACACUGGAAACUAAUGGCUGGGGGGCCACACCCAGUCACUAUAUAUCAUUGGUAAGCACAAUGUGGUUUGAUGAGUCAAAGGUGUGGUUACCCCGGAGAAGCGUCGGGGAGAGUGCGCUUGUGAUUUCGUCUGCAUGGUGUAAGAAAUAUAGAGCCGUCUAUCCCGCCCUUUUGACCGCCACUUACCUCAACACUGCGCUUCGUGAGUCCACAACAUUUUGAUGGCGAAUAUCGUUGUCGAUGAGAGUACAGACCACGUUUAACCACUUUCGAUUUUGUUGUCGUUGUCGUUUUUGUUUUUUGUUGUUGUUUUGUUUUAUUUUUUUUUUUGUACCACAAUAUCGAGGCCAAACACUGCAACGAUUCUUUCAAUGAUAAAGGCAUUGUGUUACACGUUGACAUAAAUACCGUUGUUUGUACUCCUCUCGACAAGGGCCAAUCAGAUUAUGCAUGGCGAGAAGUCAUAUAAGGAUAGGUUAUAACCGAGGUUCCAGCACCUAUCGUUGAUUAUAUUGGCCCAAUUUGUUAUGUCAAAAUAAAUUUCGAUUAUUUUAAUAUCUGACAUGGUUUGAUGCUAUUCUGGUUUAAAGAUUAAAUGAAUGUAACACCGAGAAGUUACAAUUCAUAGGCCCAACGUUUCGACACUCCUGUCUAGUGCCUUCAUCAGUAAAACUCAAAGGAAAGUUUAAAAAAAUUUUGCUUGAUUCGAAAAAAGCUUGUAAGAUUAGCUACUAUACGUACAAAAUGUUAUACAGUAGUUACGGCUUAUGUCCACGUUUUUAUGGCUUACCUAAAAUCCAUAAACCGGGAAUUAAUAAUUACCUUUAUUUGUUACCUUUGGCGAUAAGAAUUACGGUAAUAUUACAAUAAAAAUUCAAAACACUA